CCCAUUUUACCCUUAAUUGGUUUUAACCAAUUUACCAUUUCAUUUUUACCAUUCAGUUGAAAAUUCCAAAAAUUACACUUUCACACCCCUCGCACCGGAACACUUGCAAAAAGACUUCCGAAAUGGAAAAUCUUCCCAAAAUAUGUGUAGAUACUACUGAUGCGUUUAUGACGACGGAAAGAUUUGGUACACGAGAAGAGGUUAUCAGAUGGAUUAAAGAGGUUGGAAUCGACAAUAAAGUAACUGUUAUUAUCAGUCGUUCAGAUACUGAAACGGGGAAGAGAGGGAGAAGUAACAAAAUAAUAUUUGGCUGUGAUAAAGGUGGGAAACACAAGAUUAGUGAUAGUGGUACCCAAAGUGCGUCCAAGAAAUGUGGAUGUCCAUUUAAAAUCAGGUCGACUCCGGCGAAAGAUGGAUCUGGUUGGAAGAUUGAUGUAAAAUGUGGGUUACAUAAUCAUGGUUUACCUGAUAGAUUAGAAGGUCAUUCGUUUAUUGGUAGGUUGACCACAGAUGAGAAGCAACAUGUCGCUGAUUUGGCAAAGAGACAUGUAGCACCUAGAAACAUUUUGCUUUCCUUGCAAGACAAGUUUCCUGAGAAUGUCACUCGUAUUACGCAAGUAUACAAGCAUAAGAGUGUGAUAGAAAAAGAGAUAAGAGGUCCAAGGAGUGAGAUACAACAUCUGUUUAAGCUUAUUGAGGAUGCAGGAUAUGUGUAUUGGAGUAGAAAAAAGGAUGACUCGGAAGUGGUGAGAGAGAUAUUUUGGGCACAUCCUGAUUCAGUGAAGUUGUUGAAUAUAUUUCCGAUUGUGUUAGUUAUGGAUAGCACCUACAAGACAAACAAAUAUAGACAACCUUUGUUUGAAAUUGUUGGCAUGACAUCGACUGAGUUGACUUUUGCUGUUGGAUUUGCAUAUAUGGAGUCUGAGCAAACAGAGAAUUUUUGCUGGGUAUUGGAGAAAUUAAAAGAGUUGUUUGUGAAGAAAGACAUGUGUCCACAAGUGAUUUUGACAGAUAGAGAUCUUGCUUUGAUGAAAGCAAUUGAAGUUGUGUUUCCCAACUCGAUUAAUUUGCUAUGUAGAUUUCACAUUAACAAAAACGUUGGUGCCAAAUGCAAACAACAUGUGGUGAAUGACCUGCAAAAGACGAUAGACACAUUAUGGAUGGAAGUUGUCUGGGCUAGUGAUGAGGUUGAGUAUGGUCAGCGGUUGCAUCAACUUGAGCAAGCAUGUGUUGAUUAUAGUGGAUUUAUUAAUUAUGUGAAAGACACAUGGUUGACUCCACAUAGGCAUAGAUUUGUUGGAGCAUGGAUUAAUCGAGUCCUACAUUUGGGUAACACAACGACUAAUCGGGUUGAAUCUGCUCAUUGGAAGUUAAAGCAGAUGUUAGGAAACAGUAUAGGUGACAUGGUCAAAUGUUGGGAAGCCAUGAAUAACAACUUGAGGUUACAACUGGGAAACAUUAGAGCUUCAUUUCAAAAGAGUUUUUACGAAGUUGAGAACGCGCACGUAAGUCCCUUUUAUGGUUAUUUGCGUGGUUCCGUAUCUCGAGCUGCUUUGAGACGUAUUGCUGAAGAGUUAUUGAGAGUUGAUUAUGUUGGAACUAACAGGCAAAUAUGUGGUUGUACUCUUAGAACAUCUUAUGGGUUAUCUUGUGCUUGUGAGUUAGGAAGAUACAGAGUAGGUGGUAUACCGAUACCCAUUGAUGCUGUUCAUGUUCAUUGGAGGAAACUAACUAUGGAAGUUGAGUUAGAGAUAGGUGAAGAUGAUGGAUCAGAGGUGGAUAUGACAGCUGCAAUGGAUGAGUUGUGGAGACGAUUUAGGUCAUUAGAUGUUGUUGGGAAAAUGGCAUUAAGGAGUAGGAAUCAUUGGGUUCAGGUAUGUAUUUAUAUGUCUAAAUAUUUUAAUUAUUCCAGUUAA